GAAUCUUUUGUAACAAGAUAAUAACACCUCUGCCGCUCUCUUUCUUAUGUGCUACUAUUUCUCUCUCUAUAUAUUUCAAACCAAAGUUUCUGAAGAAAUAACAACCAGUAGUGGAAGAGGAGGAAAACUUCUGAAUCUCUCUGAUAGUAUUCUCAUCUCAUUGAUAAAGCACAGGCAGUUUGAUUUAGUAAUGAUGGCAAGGAAUAGUAUCCCAGUAUUGGGGCUUCUACUAUUGUGUUGUUUCGCGUCCAUUACAGAAGCAACAUACAAAUACAAAUACCAAGAUCCCAAACAACCACUAGGCGCUAGAAUCAGGGACUUGAUGGGUAGAAUGACUUUGGAGGAGAAGAUUGGACAAAUGACACAGAUCGAGCGAGCUGUUGCAACUGCUGAUGUCAUGAAGAACUAUUUCAUUGGGAGUGUAUUGAGCGGAGGAGGAAGUGUGCCAGCUCCUCAAGCCACUGCUGAAGCUUGGGUUAAUAUGGUAAAUGAGAUGCAGAAGGGUGCUCUCUCUACCCGUCUAGGGAUUCCGAUGAUUUAUGGAAUUGAUGCUGUUCACGGGCACAAUAACGUUUACAAGGCAACUGUCUUCCCCCACAAUGUUGGGCUUGGAGUGACCAGGGAUCCAGCACUUAUCAAGAAGAUUGGGGCUGCAACUGCUCUGGAAGUUAGAGCUACUGGUAUUCCAUAUGCUUUUGCUCCAUGCAUUGCGGUUUGCAGAGACCCAAGAUGGGGUCGGUGUUAUGAGAGCUAUAGUGAAGAUCACAAAAUCGUGCAGCUAAUGACAGAGAUCAUACCUGGUUUACAAGGAGAACCUCCUAAGAAUUAUAGAAAAGGUGUUCCAUUUGUCGCUGGAAAGAAGAAUGUGGCAGCUUGUGCUAAGCACUAUGUGGGUGAUGGUGGCACCACUAAGGGUAUCAACGAAAAUAACACCGUGAUCAAUGAAAAUGGACUGUACAGUAUUCACAUGCCAGCAUACUACAAUUCAAUCUACAAGGGUGUUUCAACUAUCAUGGUUUCGUACUCCAGUUGGAAUGGGCAAAAAAUGCACGCCAACAAGAAGCUUAUCACUGAUUUCCUCAAGAAUACCCUACAUUUCAGGGGUUUCGUCAUUUCUGAUUGGGAAGGUAUUGACAGGAUCACGUCUCCUCCUCAUGGAAACUACACAUAUUCAAUUCAAGCUGGAGUUAAUGCUGGCAUCGACAUGAUCAUGGUCCCCAACAACUUCAACGAAUUCAUUGAUGGUCUGACCCAAUUGGCGAAGAAGAACGUCAUCCCACUAAGUCGAAUUGACGAUGCUGUGAAGAGAAUCUUGAGGGUUAAGUUCACAAUGGGACUCUUUGAGAACCCAAUAGCUGAUAAUAGCCUUGCUAACCAGCUUGGAAGCCAGGAACACAGAGAAUUAGCAAGAGAAGCUGUGAGAAAAUCACUAGUGCUGUUGAAGAACGGUAAAUCUGCAGCUUAUCCAUUGUUGCCUCUUCCCAAGAAGGCCCCAAAGAUCCUUGUUGCUGGAAGUCAUGCUGAUAACCUUGGUAAUCAAUGUGGUGGUUGGACCAUCCAGUGGCAAGGAGUUACCGGGAAUGAGCUCACAAGUGGUACAACAAUACUACAAGCAAUCAAAAAUACCGUUGACCCAACAACCCAAGUAGUUUUCAAUGCAAACCCUGAUGCAACAUUUGUCAAGUCCAACCAUUUCUCUUACGCCAUUGUCGUUGUGGGUGAAGUUCCAUAUGCAGAGACCUUUGGGGACAGCUUGAACCUCACAAUUUCUGAGCCUGGCCCAAGCACAAUAAACAAUGUGUGUGGAGCCAUCAAGUGUGUUGUGGUUGUCGUAUCCGGUCGACCUGUUGUAAUCCAACCAUACCUCGCCAAAAUUGAGGCACUAGUAGCAGCAUGGUUACCAGGGAGUGAAGGUCAAGGUGUUGCUGAUGCUCUAUUUGGUGACUAUGGGUUCACUGGGAAGCUAGCCCGCACCUGGUUCAAGACUGUUGAUCAACUGCCAAUGAAUGUUGGCGACAAGCAUUAUGAUCCUCUCUUCCCAUUUGGAUUUGGACUAGUUACAAAACCAAGUGCUUAGAUUUAGAAACCUACAUUUACAAGUAAUGUGGAACAAGGUAAAAGAAAGCAAUACUAGAUUGCUAUAAGCAAGAAGAGAAGAGAAUUCAAGCAAGAAGAGAAAAAUAAGUUUUGUUUUUAAUAAUUUGAUUGAGUAAUAGAUAGCUCUUACAAGACUUAAUCUAGCCUUUAUAUAGGCUUGAAGAAUAACUAAACUAGGAAACAUAAAACUAAAAGGAAAUCUAAAAGAAUCCUAAAAAUAAAAAAGACUGAAAUUAGAAAACCAUGGAAGCCAAACCUCUAAGCGGAAUCUUCUGGAAUUGUAGUAUGCCCUGCAUCAAUAAGAACUUGUAAAAAAUUCCCGUCCUUAAAAGUUUUCCAGAAUGUUUAUUGUACUUAAAACCCCUCUAGUGAAUUACUUAUUAAACCUAUUUUGGCCUA